AUACCACAAAUGAGGCAGUAGAGAAACCUAAACCUGGUUUUCACUUAAUCCUGCUUUGCUUUUUAACUCUAAAACCCACCAAAGCCUAGCCAAUGAACAUGACUUUUUCCUCGUCAUCAGCCCAUUGUUAAUCAAACCCGCUUUCUCUUCAGAAGAACUUGUAUUAAUACCUCCUUCAAAGCCUUUAAAAACCCACCAAGUUAAUUCAUUUUCAAUAGUUUCUAAACAACACUCAUUUCAUAGAGUUCCCACCUCUUCCUUUUUUUUUAAUCAUUUUAGUACAAAAGCUUUUACUGCAUGGAGGCUGGUAAUAAAAUCGGUUCAUCAGCUCAUCCCACUUCCUUACCUCCACCGGUCCGUGGAGGUGCCUCGUGUGGCACCCUAGGACGCCACCUGGCAAGGCGGCUCGUGGAGAUUGGUGUGAAGGACGUGUUCUCAGUUCCUGGCGAUUUCAACUUGACUCUCUUGGAUCACCUUAUAGCAGAACCUGAGCUGAACUUGAUCGGAUGCUGCAAUGAGCUUAACGCCGGAUAUGCAGCGGAUGGCUACGCCCGUUCUAAAGGCGUGGGAGCCUGCGUGGUGACUUUCACUGUUGGGGGCCUCAGCGUGCUUAACGCAAUUGCUGGUGCUUAUAGUGAGAAUUUGCCAGUGAUUUGCAUAGUUGGAGGGCCUAAUUCUAAUGACUACGGGACCAACCGAAUCUUGCAUCAUACUAUUGGGUUGCCUGAUUUUAGCCAAGAACUGAGGUGCUUUCAAACGAUCACCUGUGCCCAAGCGGUGGUGAAUAACUUGGAUGACGCACAUGAGCUAAUAGAUACUGCAAUAUCCACAGCUUUGAAGGAAAGUAAGCCGGUUUACAUUAGUAUCAGCUGUAAUUUGCCCGGAAUUCCUCAUCCAACUUUUGCUAGAGAGCCAGUGCCCUUCUUUCUUGCUCCAAAGGUAAGCAAUCAAUUAGGAUUAGAAGCAGCUGUGGAAGCUACUGCUGAUUUUCUGAAUAAAGCUGUGAAGCCUGUCCUUGUGGGUGGACCUAAAUUAAGGGUUGCAAAGGCACAAGAAGCCUUUGUAGAGCUUGCAGAUGCCAGUGGGUAUCCAAUUGCUGUAAUGCCUUCAGCCAAGGGAUUGGUGCCAGAACACCAUCCACACUUUAUUGGAACGUACUGGGGUGCUGUUAGCACCAGCUUUUGUGGGGAGAUAGUGGAAUCUGCUGAUGCCUAUGUUUUUGUUGGCCCGAUCUUCAAUGAUUACAGCUCUGUCGGGUAUUCUUUGCUGGUCAAGAAGGAGAAAGCAGUCAUAGUGCAACCUAAUCGUGUCACUAUAGGCAAUGGUCCUUCUUUUGGCUGGGUUUUCAUAACUGACUUCUUAAGAGCAUUGGCCAAGAAGCUGAAGAGAAAUAGUACUGCUGUGGAGAACUAUCGACGAAUCUUUAUCCCUCCAGGCAUGCCUCUGAAGCUUGGAAAUGAUGAGCCUUUGAGAGUCAAUGUUCUCUUUAGGCACAUUCAGGAUAUGCUAAGUGGAGAAUCUGCAGUUAUUGCUGAAACUGGAGACUCAUGGUUUAACUGUCAGAAGCUCCAUCUUCCAGAGAACUGCGGUUAUGAAUUCCAGAUGCAGUACGGAUCCAUUGGUUGGUCAGUUGGUGCCACGCUUGGAUAUGCUCAGGCUGCUAAAGACAAGCGUGUGAUUGCUUGCAUUGGUGAUGGUAGUUUCCAGGUUACAGCUCAAGAUAUUUCAACAAUGAUCCGAUGUGGACAAAGAAGCAUUAUAUUUCUUAUCAAUAAUGGAGGCUAUACGAUUGAAGUUGAGAUUCAUGAUGGCCCUUACAAUGUUAUCAAGAACUGGAAUUACAGUGGCCUUGUUGAUGCCAUCCACAAUGGUGAUGGCAAAUGCUGGACAGCCAAGGUGCGGACAGAGGAAGAACUAAAAGAAGCAAUUUCCACAGCAACAGGAGCAAAAAGGGAUUCACUAUGUUUCAUUGAAGUUUUUGCACACAAAGAUGACACUAGCAAAGAGCUUCUGGAAUGGGGAUCCAGAGUUUGCUCUGCUAACGGCCGGCCUCCAAAUCCUCAGUAGUGCUGUUGAUUUCUGAAUGUUUAGGGGAAGGCAAAUUUGAGGCACUAUAAGCUUGACAUAAGAUGGGAGGACAGAAUUGCUUGGCGGGGAUGAGAUUUCUGUCAAUCUUGUUGCUGCAUUAUAGUGCAGCAAUUUUAUUCUAGUUACUCUAUGUUGACAUGUUGAGCCGUUGUAUUUCUUGUACACGAUCACGGUGAAUAAUCUGUACGAACAAAAAGAGCUAACGAAUGAGUAGAUUGUGAACAAGGUGUUGUCUGUCAGGAGCAGCCUAAAUAAGUCAUCACCAGAAUUAAGGAUAAAGCUGUCAUCUGAAGGGGUUAAAAUGUAAAAGCAUAAAAUCCUUAACUAUAUCUAAUGUUUGGAGGUCUCAUGAAAUUAACCAAAUACUAAUCUCUGUAAAGUGGAAAGCUCAGAUGUAAGUUUUCUGUUUUCAAUCCAAGCCAUCCUUUUGGAAUGGCUUUCAGAAUGAUCCUCAAGAGCGCUGGGGAUUUUUUUUUUUUUGGAAAUAUGGAUUUUAUUAACCAUAUGACUCAUAUGUUAUUGUUAGUCUCGAUCUGAAGCAGAGACUCCCAUUGGCAUGGAAACCGGCUUGGCAAGACCGGAUCAAAAACUGAAAAGGAAAAACCGCUAGAAGAUUGCUUUUCAUGGGAUUUCCUCCAAACAUGUCUCUGCAUAGUGUUCUCCAAUUUUAACAGUACAAUUUGAACUGUCAAGUCAAAUCUUUGUCGUACCUUUCAAAACCUGAAUCUGUUGCAUAUGCCUAAGAAGGUACAAACACAACAUGCAAGGGAGGCAUAGAAGAGACCAACCCAGUAAAAUUUAGGACGAAGACAACAUUGUACAUGGCCCCUUCUUGUAGUUGGCGAACUAUCAUCUCCUUCUUCUAGUGAU